GAUAAUGAGGAUAUUGGACCUCUUAUUCUCUCUCUCUCUCUCUCUGUGGUAUUUUGGAGUUUUCAUGGUAACUCUGGUGAACUGGAACUCUUUCUAUGUUUGCAUGUGUUUUGUGUUUACGUUGGGUAUUGCUGGAAUAAUUCUGAUUGGGAUUUGUACCUCAUGUUAUAUUCUUCAUAUUUGAUAGGACGAAUGGUCUCAUUAAGGACUGAUAAUGGUCCUGUUCUUGGUUUUUUUUUUUUUUACGUGGACUUGUCAGUGGUGUAUUGUUCUUUUUUGUGGUGUGUUCUCUUCCCUUCCGUUUCUUUGUGA